AUGUCUCGCGCCGGCGUGUGGCUCAAGGUCUUGGGAACCGGCAUUCUCGUUUCCGUCGGUGGCCCCGCCCUCGUCCAGUACAUCCGUCCAAGCGACGAGGAGCUCGUCAAGCGAUAUAAUCCGGAUCUGCAGAAGCGCAGUGUGGAGCAGGGCGAGCGCCGGGCUCAAGAGUUCGAUGAAUAUGUUCAUAAGCUGAAGGAGUGGUCCAAGUCUGAUAAGUCGAUCUGGUUCGCGGCGCAGGAGCAGCAGGAAAUGAAGCGCGCGGAAAUGGAGGCCCAGCGCGCGCGGGCUAAAGAUGAGGUGCGGGUUCAACGGGAGGAGAUGCGGAAGGAGAUGCUGGGCGAGAAAUGA